AUGGAAUAUGCAGGAAUUCGUCGUUCAUGUGACAAUGUAGUAGUAGAAGAAGAAGAUUAUAUAGACAUGGAAGUAAGUUCAAAUUCAAACAUAUUUUCCCACUUCAAAAACUCUCCUUCUCAAACUCGAGAAUUCGAAUUCCAAAUGUUUCCAAAUUCUAUUGAUAAAGACACAACAACUUCACCAGCUGAUGAACUAUUCCAUAAUGGAAAACUUCUCCCACUUCACCUCCCUUUUGGUACAACACAAAUGGUAGAGAAAUUACUUCAAAAUCCAAAUAAAAUACCUGUUCAUGGAACUAGAAAACACGAUGUUUUUGAUGAGUCUUUUAGUACCCCUUUAUUCACAACUACUACUAAUACUCCUACGAGUAAUAACACUCCGUUUGAAUCAUGUAAUAUCUCUCCCGUUGAGUCUUGUCAAGUUAGCAGGGAACUCAAUCUGGAUGAAUAUAUGUUCGAGUAUAACGUAAACAACCUAUUUCCAGUAGACGACGAAAAUAGAAAAAGCUCAUGGACAAGGAAACUCAAGCAAAUAAAGAAUUCUUCGUUAGGUUCUAAGCUUAAGUCUUCACGAACUUACCUCAAAUCUUUCUUUUCUAAAUCUGGUUGCUCGAACGAGUACUCUGCAGCUGCUUCAAGAAACAUCGAAAAAGGGCCUUUUCCAAUAGUUAAAGAAGCUAAGAAAGAGCCAUUUGGGCAAAUUCAUAGAGGUAGUGCAAAUUCAAAAGGGGUAAAAAAAGAAAAUGAUCAUGAUCAAGAUAUUAGAGGUCGACAUAGAAGGUCAUUCUCAGGAGCUAUUAAGAGAUUUUCGACAGCUAAAUCAUCUUCGUCUUCAUUUUCAUCGUCUACUUCUGGUUCCUUGUCAGCUUCAAGCUCGAAUAAUUCGAAUGAAUUUCAAGAAAUGCACUUUUUCAAGAGAAGCACUAAUUCAUAUUCAGAUAUAGAGAAUUCAAUUCAAGCAGCAAUUGCUCAUUGCAAAAAUUCUCAGCAUUCAAGAAAGACAAUAAGUGACAUUGGAGUUUGUUCAUUGUCAGCCUCUAAAGUGAUCAUUGAAGAACAAGAAAGACCUGGACUCUGCAGGGGAUAA